AUAGAUCUCUCACCUCCACAGAGCAUGAUCCAAGAGGUUAUGGGUCCCAUUAACAAUCAACUCGUUGUCUGAAAGCUCGUAACGUGUCGCUCAUCCUGAUUGGGUUUCAGUACUGUUGCGCCCACCGAAUCAUUAUCUCUCCCUCACUCGCUCGCUAGGUAGCUGUAUUCACUCUGCCUCUCUUGCCUCUCUUGUCGCUUUCUGUCUGAACCUGGCAAGAACCUUGGCCUUUCCUUUCUAUCUCGAUGCCCUCUUCUUCUGUUUCAACUUUCAUUUCUCAUUUUCUGAAAAUUUGUGACUUAUCUAGAGAGAUAAAAACCUAGAGAGCUAGGAGAGAGAGUCUUCUCUUAGCUCUAUUUCUUUACGUGUGAAACAGAAAGCAUAUAUAGUUAAGACGAUCUUCUCAUCAUUCAGGGGCUUCUAAAUCUGAUCUGACAUGGAACAACUGUUUUCUGAUUGGAAUUUUGAAGAUAAUUUUCACAUGUCCUCUAAUAAAAGAUCAGUCAGACCAGAAGAUGAACUAGUGGAGCUACUAUGGAGAGAUGGUCAAGUGGUUUUACAAAGCCAAGUCCGUAGAGAACCAUCAGUCCAAGUCCAAACCCACAAACAUAAUCAAGCCCUACGAAAACCAAAUAAUACUUACCUUGAGAACCAAGAAACAAUACGAAAACUUAAUGAAAAUGUUCAGGGAGAUCAAGAAACUGUCUCAUGGAUCCAAUACCCUCCUGAAGAUGUAGUUGACCCCUUCGAAUCCGAGUUCUCCUCCCACUUCUUCUCUUCAAUCGAUCAUCUUGAAGGUCCAAAUCAUCCCAAGAAGCCACUGCCUAUCAAAGAGGCGGCUAAACCGGAGGCUAAAGCCAUGGCUCCUCCUAAGUUUAGGCCACCGGUUGUAAGCGUUGGACCGAGCCAUUGUGGGAGCAACCAGUCUCUGAAUGAUAAUCAGGUGACCCAUCCUCCGGUUUCAGUGAGUGAUAGAAGCAAGAACGUUGAAGAAAGACUUGACACUUCGUCUGGUGGCUCGUCCGGUUGCAGCAAAGAAACUGAAAGUGGGAGAAGUGUAACCAUUAGCCGUAAAAGAAAACAUGUAAUGGAUACUGAUCAAGAAUCCAUGUCUCAGUCUGAUGCACGUUUGAUGUCAACCGAUGAUCAAGCCAUGGGUAACAAAUCUAGCCAACGGUCAGGAUCUACCCGAAGAAGCCGCGCGGCUGAAGUUCAUAAUCUCUCAGAAAGGAGGAGGAGAGAUCGGAUCAAUGAGAGAAUGAAAGCUCUUCAAGAACUUAUACCUCAUUGCAGUAAAACAGAUAAAGCGUCGAUUUUGGAUGAAGCCAUUGAUUACUUAAAAACACUUCAAAUGCAACUCCAAGUGAUGUGGAUGGGAAGUGGAAUGGCGGCAGCGGCAGCAGCAGCAGCGACUCCAAUGAUGUUUCCCGGUGUACAGUCAUCUCAAUAUAUAAAUCAGAUGGCUAUGCAGAGUCAAAUGCAAAUGCCUCAAUUUCCGGUUAUGAACCGACCCGCUGCACAUAACCAUCCCGGUUUAGUAUGUCAAAACCCGGCCGUACAGUUUCAAAUGCAAGCACAGAACCAAAUGUUGUCGGAGCAGCUUGCUAGGUAUAUGGGUGGGUUUCCACCGAUGCCGGCAACCACUCAGACUCAAACAGUCCAACAACCAAUGGACAUGAUGAGAUUUGGGUCUCAGGUGGGACAACAAAGUCAACUGUCGACACCGGUUACCACCGACAGUCUUCGUAUGGGUAAAACUGGCUGACGUGGAAAAAUGUUGUUUCCCUGAUAUUAUUCUUAUUAUCUAUUUUAGAGGCAUAAACAUGAAACUUAAGAAAUGUAUUAUACGGUUCUACUAAGGCAGUACAGUCAAAUAUUAAUACUUUUAUUGAGAACAACAAGAUGUCUUGUAUCAUCUAUUUUUAUA